AGAGAGAGAGAGAGGUCAGCCUCCGACCUCCGGCAUCCAAAUCCCUCGCCGAUUCCGAACGGCGGGAAGACUGAUACGAAAAUUCAGGAUUCGGGAAAGCAUUUUGUGCGGUUCUGAGCUGAGACUUGAAGUGAUCGAAUUGCUCGUGAUUCGAUUCAGGCAAAGUAACCGACUGUUCUGUUCAGCCGGAAAAGGUGAAUUCUUCUUCGUCGUUAGAAUCUUGAUUGGGGCAGCUGGUUGAGCAAAGGCUUGGAUUUUGACGACGGUGAAUGUGCCUCCGAUCUUUUUCUGGAGGCACGUAAUAUUUUCCACGGCCUCUGCACGGAUCUGUGAACAAUUCAAUCAAGGAUUAUAUCAACUCCACUAGGGAAACUCUCUGAAAUUUUCCGGCUUGAUUUAACAAGAGAAUUGUGUCCGUAGAAAUCAUGGAGCUGCCUCAGCCGCGUCCGUUCGGAGGCGAAGGAAGAAAACCAACGCAUGACUUUCUAUCAUUGUAUAGUAGCCACUCAACUGCCCAACAAGAUCCAAGACCACCUUCUCAAGGAGGUUUUCUUGAAACUCAUGACUUCCUACAACCGCUUGAACGAAUGGGAAAUGCCUGUGCCAAAGAAGAAACCUCGGUUGAGACUGUGUCACCGAGUAGAAGUAGUGUUGAAAAGCCGGCAUGUGUUGCGCAACGGCCAGCUUCUGUGGAGCACAUUCUUCCCGGUGGGAUUGGGACUUACAGUAUAAGCCACAUUUCGUAUUUCAAUCAAAGGGUUCCCAAACCAGAGGAGAACGUAUUCCCGGUUGCUCCUCAAGCAAGUAGUUCUCAUCAUGAAAGGAAUGAUGAAAACUCAAACUGCAGUUCUUAUGCUGGAAGUGGUUUCACUUUGUGGGACGAAUCUGCAGCAAAGAAGGGAAAGACAGGGAAGGAGAAUGUGGCAGAAAGACCAGGUUUAAGAGGGCAAUGGACAUCAUCGGAAAGGCCAUCACAGUCAUCUUCCACUAACAACCGCAACUGCUUCAGCUCUCAGUCAUCUGGGCAGAAGAACCUGAGCUUCAUGGAGAUGAUGAAGUCUGCCGCCAAGGGUUGCACCCAGGAAGACGAACUUGCCGAUGAGGAAGAGUUUGCUCUGAAAAAGGAGAUGUCCACCACUACUACCACCGCCACUACCCCGUAUAACGGAGAAUUAAGGGUCAAAGUUGAUGCUAAGAGCUCUGAUCAGAAAGCUAACACUCCACGAUCCAAACAUUCUGCCACCGAACAGCGAAGGAGGAGUAAAAUAAAUGACAGAUUCCAAAUGUUGAGAGAGCUCAUUCCUCAUAGUGAUCAAAAGAGAGACAAGGCAUCAUUUUUAUUAGAGGUUAUCGAAUACAUUCAGUAUUUACAGGAAAAAGUAACCAAGUAUGAGGUUCCAUACCAAGGAUGGAACCAAGAUCCAGCAAAAUUAAUGCCUUGGGUAAACAAUCAGAAGCUUGGUGAAAGUUACUGUGAUCAAUCUCGAGGUAUGAAUGGUGGACCUGCUCCUGCAUUAGUGUUUGCUGCUGCAAAAUUUGAGGAGAAAAGUAGUUCAGUGUCUCCUACUAUCCCUGGAAGUGCUCAGAAACCAGUAGAAUCUGAUACGAGUACAGAAACUACAUUCAGAGCUAAGGAUCACCAAAGUGGAAUAACAAACAAGGCAAUUCCCUUUCCCUUGUCAAUGCAGUCCAACUUCUUGACACCUGUCAGGAGCGGUAGUUCAGCACCUCCAUUUCCACCUAGAUUGCCAUCUGACUCAGAUAACACAUCAUCUCAUACUCGCUCCAUGUUAUUCCCGACAAAGACAUGUACCGCUGAUGCUGGUGUAAUUAGUGAUAAGCUAAAAGAACAUGAACUUACAAUUGAAGGCGGACGAAUUAACAUCUCGAGUGCGUACUCUCAAGGGCUAUUAAAUACUCUUACACAAGCCCUGCAGAAUUCUGGUGUGGAUUUGUCACAGGCAAACAUCUCAGUGCAAAUCGAGCUUGGGAAGCAAGCAUGUAGUAGAAUGGCUAUACCAAAAUCCAUUGUCAAGGAAAAUGAAAUUCCCUCUAUGACUCCAGGAAAUAAGCACUCUAGAAUUUCAGUUGGUGAAGACUCAGAACAAGCCCAAAAGAAGCUCAGGACAGGCAGAAACUAAUAUGACAAGUCUAAAAUUACAUAUACUAUUUUAUUUAUAAUUUUCUAUAAUUAAUUCAUUUUUUGGGAGCUCCCUUCAAUUUCGAGCAAAGGGUGUUUACUCAAGUCAUCUGCUGGUUCAUAACCUACCUAGUGGAGACUGAGAUUGAUUGUAAAUGUAGAGUCUUACUGUUACAGUUAGAGUUUGUUGGGAUCCAUAUAUA